UGCAACAACAACAAGUCAUAAGUCAACAUUUCAAGAAAUGUCAAAAAACUGAAGUGAAAAUGUGUUGUAAAUUUCGAUAAAUUGUAAGUGAUUCAUAAAAAUUGUUUCAAUUUUUUAUAAUUAAUGCCUACAAUGAUGUGUUUUUUAUACAUCCCGUGAGAACCGGCAAUCAAUGACUGCUCUCAAGAAUCCUUGCAGCUUGCCUCCAUCUAACAACUGAUGCCCCACGAUGAAACGAUCAAGGUCUCGAUCACCGUUAAACCAUCCUCCACAUUCAAAACACAAUUGGAAUGCAAAUGCUCACAAAUGGCAUGCCGGUGCUGUCGCAGAGGAAGAAUGUUCCUCAGAUAGCAGAAAUAGUUCCAGAAACUCUCACAGGAGAAGUCAGGGUGAUAGUAAUUGCAUCAACAUUCCAAGUAGCCACAACACUGAAAGACAUCGACGAUCAGGCUCUUGCGAUACUGGUGAUCAUAGACCUCAACGAUCAGGUUCUUUUGACACCAGUGAACAUAGAUUGAGACGAAUCAGCAAUCGUUGGAAAUGGGAAGAUAGGAAAGAAGAACUUCGCAGAAUUCGCGUGGUGAUCAAACGGAAUACAGUGCAUGAGCCAGACAACUCUCCUAUCGAUAGAUCGGUAAAUGUUGAAGAAGUGGUAAUUCCAAGACAUCCAGGUGAGGGUUCUCAUCCCAUUUUCGAACGGGAAGACAUAAAUGCCAAUGAAACGAGGACUGUAGAGCAUUGUCAUCGCCUUCCAAGAGAGAGGCCCCUCCCUUCAAGGCCUGAAGAUUCUUUUCAUGAUGACCGGAGAUCUGACAGAGUUCAUAGAGAACGUGUAAGCUCUUCUGAUGGAGACCGAUUGAGUAGAAGAGUUGAACUUGAACCCAGAUCAUCCUCCCGAGAUUACUCUAAACCAUCGACAUCAUCUCAUAAUGAACCUUCUCCCUCCAAAAGUUCCUGCGAAGGUCCAAAAGAUUAUAGAAGGGCUGAAUUGGAACCCAGACCAUCGACUUCCAGAGAUUACCUAAGACCAUCAUCACAUAAUGAAACCUCCUCUUCUAAAAAUUCUCGGGAUGGUCAUAAAGAUUAUGGAAGUUCUAGAAAAAAAGUGCCCAAAAGAGAGGAAGAAAAAUUCCAUGAUGACCUGCAAGGAAGGGAAGCGGACCACCAUUCCUCAAACAGAAAUCGCCAAAAUCAUUAUGUCGAAAAGUCUGAACGGAUCAAAAGUCCCUCUCCCCAGCCCAAGAACUCAAUUCGCAAAAGUACACCAAAAAAACCUGAGAAAGAAAACGGACACGGUGUGCCCUCGCCAAGCCUAUCGAGUGAAUCUGAUCAUGAGGGGCACUAUGAAAGCGAUCAAAGGUCUCACCCGUGGCCCGGUGGCUAUCGGGUUAUUGAACGAUUCCAUCCCCCUCCUCCGAUGUUUCGGCCACCGAUGCCUCCGCCUGUCAUUCUCCCAAUUCCACCUCCUAGAGUUCCUGUGAUCAUUCCAAGGAUGCCGUACCGUGGACCAAGACCUCCUCCAAGGCCAGAUAUGUUUAUGUACCCGAGGCCGCCGUUUCCAGGACCUCCAGGUGGCCCAAGAAGACCUCACUGGUAGUUCUGAGGAAGCUAUGCAGUGCAGUCUUACUAGUUAAUUAUUCUAGUUUUUGCAUCAUACUCUCAAGAUCAUCAAUGGAGCAUAGCUAUUUUUCAGUAGCUGUUUAAAAUGUAUUUUAUGGUUUAGUAUGGUGUUUUCGCUGUGAUUAUUGUAUGUUUAAAAAUUUCUGAUCAUAGAUUAUGUUUAAAUGUUGAUUUUGUACAUCAUUCUAGCGCAAAAAUUGUAACAUGGCCAUUUCAAGGACAGAGAGAAUAUUUUGCCCCCACUAAACCUGAUUUACCAAUUUUAAUAUGGCUACCUAAGGGCGGUGAAUUAUAUACCUAACCAAACCUGAUUUACCAAUUUUAAAAUGGCUACCUAAGGGCGGUGAAUUAUAUGCCCAACCAAACCUGCCUAAUUUAUCAAUUGUUUCUGUUGUACCUUUUUAUGUUCUAAUUGUUCUAUCAAUGCAUGAUCAAAAUUUAGACCUUGUCGUUGUGAUAUUUUCUGGUAAUAUUUAAUUCCAGAGACUUACUUAUUUUUUGUAUCUUUAUCAUGGUAGUUGGUAGCAAAUCAAUUUCGCAUGAAAAAAUUUAAAAUUUUACAGUCGGUUUUAUCAUCCUUAAUUUUAAUGUUGAACUCAUCUCUCCUAAUUUAACUUUUGAAUGGAUCUGUUGCACGCAAGAGAUACAUCUAAGUGAAGGGACAAUCCUUUGGUGAAAGCACACAAAAAUCAUGAUGGGCGCAACAAAAAAGUCUGAUAUAUACUCCGAAAUGCACAAUUCGCGUCAGUUUGGAGUCUUUAACCCUUUUUUUUCAAUUUUCCCACAACUAUAGGCUGUUUUUCUCAGUUACCAACAAACCAGGUUUGUUUAGGAAGAGAUGUAGGCAGGCCUGACCUGUGCAAACAAUCUCCUGACAUUUUUCUCGAGUAUGAUUUCAAUCGUUUUUAGGUGUUUAUUUCCUCUUUUCUUCUUUGUGUUGUGAGAAGUAGAAGUCCCACAGAAGAAAAAUUUGUAACAGUUUGUGAGAUUGUUUGUUUAUUCAGUUCAAGUUUUCUUGCAUCUUUCUUCAGGCAAACGUGAUGCUCAGCCACUAAGAAAAAUUCCUCAGAACAAGGGAAAAUUGAAAAAGCAAGUUACAAACUCAUUACCCAACUUGCCAUCUUAUUGCGCUCUUUGGAGUUGAUUUCAGACUUUUUUGUCAUGCCCAUUGUGAUUUUUGUGUGAUUUUACAGGCUGAAAGUCUGUUCACUUAGCUGUAUUUCUGGCAUGCAACUGACCCAUUAAACAAUACCUAACUCCUGUCAUAUUUUUUUGUUCCUACAACAGUUUUCAGUUUCAACAGGUUCCUAGAGAUGCUGAAUAGCAAUGCAAUAUAUUUAUUAUUUAUUCUAUUUUUUAUCAUCCACUUGUAUCUUUUUCCAAGUUGUGUUAAUGACCGUGCUUACAUAAAGAGAUUUUAUUAGGAAUCUGAUGUACAGUCUGUUGUAUAAUUCUCACAUCACAUUAUUUCUUAUUCAUCUAUUAUUUUUGAAAGUGUAUCAUAAAACAGAAAAUUUUUAUCAGUAGGUAAUGCGUAACCUCUCUUUUAAUUUCAUCACAGUUUGGUCUUAAGUAUUUCCUAUUCGUACUUUUUUUUAAGAAAAAAAAAACUUUGACUGAAUCAAUUCGCCUUGUGUUUUAGCUUACUUUUUUAAGGUACGAAUUUUAGAACAUAGAUUUUUAAAAAUGUUAAUUUAAUAAGUGUCAGAAUAAAUGCGUUGAAGUAAUAAUA